AUGGAACAAGCCCCGACCAAACAGUUAUUCGUCAGACCCAUCAGAGGAGACGUUCUUGAAAGUGACAUUGUUGACUUUUUCUCCCCAGCUGCACCAGUUGUUGAAGUCCGUCUUAUGGAAGGUUAUGCUUUUGUUUCGUUUGACAAUGAAGAAGAUGCCGGUAAAGCAUUAGAUAAGUUUGUUGGAGCUGAAUUUAACGGUGAACAGUUACAAGUUGAAUUUGCCAAGGAAAGAAAAGAAAGCACCAGAGGUAAAUACAGAAUGAAGUUAGGUGGGUUACCAGAGGGUACAGCAUGGCAAGAUGUCAAAGAUUACGUCAGGGAUAAAACUGGAAUCCAACCAAACUUUGUUAGGGUCUUUAGAGACUUUGAUUCUGGUGACACUGUUUGUAGCUUGGAAUUCGAAAGUGCCGAAGACUUGGAAAAAUCAAUCCCGUUAUUAGACAAGUCAAAUUUCAACGACGUUACGAUCACUGCCGAGGAAGAUACAUCGCCCUUUGUCCCACCUCCCAGAAGAGGUGGGUUCCGUGGAGGAAGAUUCGACCGCGGUGGGUUUAGAGGAAGAGGUGGUUACGAUCGUGGUGGGUUUAGAGGAAGAGGUGGUUUCAGAGGAAGAGAUGAUUUCAGAGGAGGAAGAGAUAGAGAUGGAUUUAGGGGUGGUAGAGGUGGUUAUGGUGGCAGAGGUGGUUAUGAUCGUGGUGGUUAUGGUGACAGACCUUACAACAGGGAAAGAUCACCAAAUAGAUUUUAA